AUGAAGAGCUCAACUAUCCUCGCUAUCCUUAGCUUCGCCCUCACAGCCUACGCUGCAGCUACAAAAGCAAGCUCCAACGACGCGAACUUCGUGAAUCCCGACGCUUCAGAUGGAUCAGCUGGUGAAGCGGCCGCUGCCCUAGCUCAAUCUGCCGUCGAUGCUUUUAACGCAGGAGACAUCAUUACUGCUGUAGGUUACUCCUCUCUCUCUUCAGUCUUGCAAAGUCUAACCACACCCCGCGAACAGGCACCCGCAGCUACCGCAGCAGCGAACGCCAAAGCUAACAAGGCCGGGCGACGAGCUGAGAAUAAAGCGAAUGCGGACGCCACGUUCGUGAAUCCAGAUGCGUCAGAUGGAUCGGCUGGUGAAGCGGCUGCCGCAUUAGCUCAAUCUGCUGUGGAUUCGUUUAAUGCUGGGGACAUCAUUACUGGGACUGCUGAGCCGGCUGCUACAGCGGCUGCUAAGAAGAAUGGGAAGGCUGCGAGAUACGUGAGAGCAUAA